UGUUUUUUGGUUUAUGAGACUGAAUUGAGUAACACUACAAACAAGACAGACAAAAACAAGAUCUCCCAAUGCCAUAAUUUUUCCAUCUGUUCUCGAAAAUUUACUCUCGUUGUUUGUAGUUUGAUUUCACAGUCACAAUCUGAAUUGAAUGGAGCUUACUGUAAUACCUCAACCACAACUGCAUCCAAAAUGCCUUCCAUCCCUGUGUCUCAAAUCUAGGGUUUGUGUUUUUCAUACAACACCGAACCCAACAUCCCCACCUUUACAAGCUUCAAUCUAUUCACUCAAUCCCCGCAUUCUCACCCCAUUUAUUCAUCCCAGAAACAUCUCCACCGCUGCUUUGACGGGUGGCGACAAAACUUCAACUUUCCCAAUUGACUCAGGUUCUAGAAUUGGAGAAGUGAAAAGGGUUACCAAGGAAACUAAUGUAUCAGUCAAAAUUAACCUGGAUGGUUCUGGAGUUGCUGAUAGUAGUUCUGGAAUUCCCUUCCUCGAUCAUAUGCUUGAUCAACUUGCUUCACAUGGACUGUUUGACGUACAUGUAAAGGCUACAGGUGAUAUACAUAUUGAUGACCAUCACACGAAUGAAGAUGUUGCUCUUGCUAUUGGAACGGCUCUGCUGCAGGCUCUUGGUGAUAGGAAGGGUAUUAACCGGUUUGGUAACUUCUCUGCUCCACUUGAUGAAGCAUUAGUUCACGUUUCUCUGGAUUUGUCUGGCCGACCACAUCUAAGUUAUGAUUUGGACAUACCUACUCAGAGGGUUGGGACAUAUGACACUCAGUUGGUGGAGCAUUUUUUCCAGUCAUUGGUGAACACAUCUGGUAUGACCCUUCACAUUCGACAGUUUGCUGGAACAAAUUCCCAUCAUAUUAUUGAGGCAACUUUCAAAGCAUUUGCUAGGGCUCUUAGACAAGCGACAGAGUAUGAUUCACGUCGCCAUGGAACAAUACCAAGUUCAAAAGGGGUUCUGUCGCGUAGUUAAUAUCUUCAGCUGCUAUCCGUAAUUGGAUCGAGCUACUUACAUCUGCAGUUCAUCAAGCAUAUGCAUCCAAACAGUCCUUACUGCAGUUCAUCUUCAUAUGCAUCCAAAUGGCUCUAGUCUCUGUAAACAUCACAACAUAGUAGUUGUAUUCAUAUUUAUUCUAGAGUGUUUAAAUUACUUUUCUGGUUACCUUUCUUUUGUACAUACGAUUCAGGCAACAAGAGAAACUUGAGAAUCCGUUUCAAUAAGAAUAUUCUGUAAUAGAAUAAUCGAUAGAUGUUAAUUUUCAGUAAAAAAAGAAAUAGAUGUUAAUUUUCAAAAA